AAGAAAACUUGAAUAAUGAGCGACUUAGUGACAGUUUUAUUUGUUGGGGUGAUAAUCUGGGUACUUAAGAAAUGCUGGUCAGACUUCAGACGUAGGUACUUCGCAGCGUUCAUGAACUACCGUAGAGUAAGCCAGGACAUGGACGUCAGGAUAGAGACGAUGAAGAAGGACGUGUUCUCCACCCUUGGAACGGUGGUGUCCCACGACCCAGAGCUCAGGAAGCAUAAUGCUAUCAAGAUCCUCGAAAUUGGCGUCGGUACAGGGACGAACUUUGCUUACUAUCCUGAGAGGACUCGGCUGGUUGUGGUGGACCCCAACCCGCAUUUCAAGGCUUACUAUGACAAUAACAGGAAAAAGUUCCCCAACAUACAUUCUGAAGACAUCAUUGUCUCCACUGGGGAGAACAUAGACAUGGUUGCAGACAACAGCAUUGACGUGGUGGUUAGCACACUUGUUCUCUGCUCAGUUGAUAACAUCAACAAGGUCAUUCAGCAGAUCCUCCGUGUACUAGCUCCAGGAGGAAAGUAUUACUUCUAUGAACACAUCAAGGAAUUUGAUACAGAACAUUCCACAAGACAGAAAAUUCAGAUCUUUCUGACAUCAACGGGGAUUUGGCCUUUUCUCUUUGAUGGGUGUUACUUAACACGAGACAUGCUGGAAGCCAUCCAACAAGCAGGUUUCUCCAAAGUGCAGGCCCUACGCUUCCACAGCCCCGUUGAUCACUUUGUCUUCCAGCUGGUCAAGCCAUGCCUCAAGGGUGUAGCAGAGAAAUAAAUGAAUGAGAAAAAA